CAAGACUGAACCAAAACAAAUCUGUUUCCUUUUUAUACGAGACCGAUUGGGAAGAGAUGGGGGCGUCGUCGGGGUGUGCGUUGCCGCGCUCGUCCGGGUCAGCUGCGCGCAGCGCGUGUCGUCGCGGAAGGAGGAGGGAGUAGUUAAUUGAGAGGCCGGAGGAUCAGGGUAUUCAGGUCAAGGCGAGGGCGCCCCGCCCGCGGCGGCGGACAUGGAGGGAGAUGCGGCGAUCGAGGGCGGCCGGCUCGCGCCUCUUCUCGGAAGCAGCUGCGGAUCCUCCGGCUGGCCGGAGCCGGACGGGUCCCUGCUCCGCCGCCUCUACGCCGGCCACGCACUCGCCAGAUGGGGCGCCAGGAUGUGGGAGUUCUCGGUUGGGCUGUACAUGAUCCGCAUCUGCCCAGGCUCCCUCCUCUUCACAGCGAUUUACGGCGUUGUUGAGUCUGCUUCUGUCGCCGUAUUUGGCCCAAUGGUUGGGAUACUCGUCGACAAGCUCACAUACCUUCAGGUUCUUGGGCUAUGGUUGCUAGUCCAAAGCUUAUCCUUCAUCAUCGCUGGAGUCUCGGUGACCGCUCUGCUCAUCUACGAGGACCUGAAAGACGCAAAUUUCCCAGUAUUCAUGUCGCUUGUCAUUGUUACUAAUGUGUCAGGUGCGCUUGCAGCGCUCUCAACUCUUGCCGGCACCAUUCUGAUCGAGAGAGAAUGGGUGGUGGUGAUCUCGUGUGGGCACCCUCCAUCAGUGCUGACGGGGAUCAACUCGGUGAUCCGGCGGAUCGACCUGAGCUGCAAGCUGCUGGCCCCAGUCUUCUCCGGCAUGGUCUUCAGCUUCGUGUCCGCGCAGGCCUCAGCCGUGGCGCUGGCCCUGUGGAACGUCGCCUCGGUGGGGCUGGAGUACUGGCUCUUCGUCUCGGUGUACAACGGCGUGCCCGCCCUCAACGCCGAGAACGGCCGGCAGAGAGCAGCUGAUGUGUUAUCGUCGUCAGAGGAGAUUGCCGCACCUGCCGAGAGGGCGGCAGACUGGAGGACAAGGCUGACGGAGCAGCUCUCGAUCAUACCCUGCUGGGAGUCGUGGGUGGUGUACGUAAGGCAGGAUGUGGCGCUUCCCGGGGUCGCUCUCUCUAUCCUCUACUUCACCGUCCUGAGCUUUGGCACGCUAAUGACAGCGACGCUGGACUGGAAGGGCAUCCCUGCGUACGUGAUCAGCCUGGCGCGGGGCUUCAGCGCCAUCGUCGGCAUCGGUGCGACGCUGCUGUACCCGAUGGUGCACUCGUGGGUGUCCACUCUCCGGACAAGUCUAUGGUCCAUCUGGAUGCAGUGGUGCUGCCUGCUGGUGUGCGUGGGCUCCAUCUGGGCGAGCAGCAGCGUGGCGUCGGCGUGGAUGCUGAUGGCCGGCGUCGCGGCAUCGCGCCUGGGGCUCUGGAUGUUCGACCUCGCCGUCAUGCAGCUGAUGCAGGACGGUGUGCCCGAGCACGAGCGGUGCGUGGUGGGCGGGGUGCAGAACUCACUGCAGUCCGUGUUUGACCUCCUCACCUACAUCAUGGGCAUCAUCAUCUCCGACCCUAGGGAUUUCAGCCAGCUGAUCGUGCUGUCGUUCUUCCUGGUGACCUGCGCGGCGGCCAUGUACACGCUGCACGUCCACCGCGUGCGCAAGCACCUCUUCCACUUGGACAAGAUCCUCGCCAAGAUCAGCUGGUGAGCGACCUGGCAGGAUUUAAGUUUCCUGAACUGAUUUGGGCCGGUUGAUCAGGACCAAAGAAUUUGCCCUGCUGCUGGCUACUGCAAAUUGCUGAUCUGACACCAGGUUUCGAGACAAUCAAAACAGAGUUACUGGCUGGUGUUGUAAACGGUUGUAAUGUCCACAUGUGCGGUGUGUAGAAAGUCGUACGUGUAGCAACCGCGUCGCAAGAUUGUGGGGCUUGUUGUACUCACGUGGUAACAAUUUUAUUUAUAGAAUUUCCCGUGAAUAACAAAUUUAGAGAAUCAACAUGAAUCA